GUUCGCAGUCUCGUCAAACAGCACCCCCUAGGAUGCUGCAGAGAUGGGAUACGGGUGUUUGAAGCCUCGUAAAGUGGAUCUAGACUUCUAUCUCCGCCGCGUCUUCCAGAAGAAAUCAUUUCGCCCUCUUCAACGAGAAGUGGUUGCGGCAGCGAUUGAAGGACAUGAUGUGUUUCUGCAAGCGAAUACCUCGUUCGGGAAGAGCCUGUGUUUCCAACUCCCUGCAGUGAUCAGCCAUGGAGUAACCGUCGUGAUCUGCCCUCUCCUCGCAUUGAUGACAGACCAGGUAAAAGCACUCCAAGCUUUAGGGAUCGCGGUAGCAACCAUCAAUUCGACGACCCCAAUUGCCGAAAGACGGACAAUCUUGGAUGAUCUACUGUCGGGCCAUCCACGAACGCGUCUUCUCUAUGUAACGCCGGAACUCUGCCAGACGGAGACCUUCCGACGUAACCUCCAAACCAUCCACCGGCAGGGAGAACUCAUCCGCAUCGCGAUCGACGAAGCCCAUUGUAUCAGCGAAUGGGGCCACGAUUUCCGCCCUGCAUACAAGGAACUCGGUUGGUUCAGACGGACUCUGGCACACCCCCCGGUCCCGAUCACAGCCCUCACAGCCACUGCAACGCCCCGUGUCCGGGAAGACAUCAUCAAACUUCUCGGAUUAGACGCUACCCAGCUAAAGAUCUUCAACACGCCUUCUGCACGUCCAAACCUCCACUACGAGAUCAGGUACCUCGAUGACUUCGCGAGUGAUCCCACAGAACCGGAGGGGUUCCAAAUCAACGACCUUGUCUCCUGGCUGCAAGCUGUCCAGACCCGGCGAGAGGCCGGAAUAGGCGAUGAGUCUGCCACUCUUCCCCCAAUAUCUGGGAUCAUCUACGUCCCACUCAGAACCGUCUGCGACAAGCUCGCCACCUCUCUCUCAGCAGCAUGGGGCGACCGCGUCCACGCAGUGGCCUACCAUGCCGGCUUAUCCUCCGAAGACCGAACCCGCAUACAAACCGAAUGGACAUCAUCCAAGUUCGUCCCCCAAACCACCACCACCACCACCACCACCAACAACAGCACCGAGUCACCCAAAACCCCAGCAUUCUACAUAAUCGUCGCAACCACCGCCUUCGGCAUGGGAAUCGACAGCCCCCACGUCCGCUUCGUCAUCCACUGGAGCCCCCCGCGCAGCUUCGAAGGAUUCGUCCAAGAAUCCGGUCGUGCCGGUCGUGACGGCUGCGCCGCCGCCUCAAUCGUAUACUACAACACUCAAGAACGAGACCGGAUUCUCGACCGCCUGCAACGAGACAUCGAAAACGCCCGCAACCGCGCCGGCGGCCAAAUAAACAACCAAAACAACAGGUCGCAAACCACCCUCCAGAACCAACUUGCCCGACUAUCAAGCUUCGAAAAAGUAGUCAGCUACUGCGAAAACACCUCCCGAUGCAGACAUGAUCUGAUCAAGGAUUUCUUUGGUGAUCUCGAGCUUGAAAGGAUGGGCUCGCAAGUUCCUACUACUACGUCCGGGGUGAACCCCAGUGGUGGUGGUAAUGGUGCAGAUUCGUCUCCCUGUGAUUUCGCGUGCGACUUCUGCAAGGAAGGCAGACAGAGCCUCGCUAGACGAAAGGCCAAAAUGGCCCCUGAGAGCCGCAUGGACGAUUUCGUCGAUAUGAAUGUCCCCUGGUAUAUGCAGAAACUGUAUCCGGGGCUGUUUCCCUGCGGUUGAUCCCGGGGAUUUUAAUUUCAAUUCAAGAAGUCAUGUAUAUCUUUUUCUUUUUCUUUUUCCCAUUAAUUCCCCGAAGAUUGCUUUUCGAAACCAUACGAAAUCAGGAUAGAUAUAGAUACUGUCUGGUUGGUUACAUUGUCCCCAUUAUUACAU